AUGGUCCAAGAAUACCAAUCGCCGGUGCGAGUUUACAAGUAUCCAUUUGAAAUUGUAAUGGCUGCAUACGAAAGACGAUUUCCGACAUCUCCGUUAAUACCGGUCUUCGUUGGGAGUGAAGUAACAGCCGACGACACAACAAAUGAUGGUUCAAUUAGAACCACUGAAAGAAGAUGUAAACUCGUUGUGGAAGCUCCAUAUUUAUUAAAAAAGAUUAUCGGUGUAGAUUAUGUAUAUUUUAUUCAGAAAAAUGUGCUAGAUUUGAGAGAACGUUGUUUAAAUAUUGAAGCAACAAAUGAGACAUUUUCAACUCGUGUAAAUGUCUUAGAAAAAUGUCGUUACUAUGUUCAUCCAGAAAACUCAGAAUGGACAUGUUAUGAACAGAGCGCGCUAUUAGAUAUAAAAUAUUUUUUGGGUUUUGAGUCAUCCAUGGAAAAACUUGGUAUGAAACAAUACAUUCAGAAUAUUUCCAAGGGUAAAGAAAUAAUAGAAUUUUAUGUUGAUGAAUUAAAAAAAGAUGGAAUAACUAAUCUCCCUCGUUGGAUACCUUCUGGAGGUGAUCAAACUUGUGACCCGAAUAACCCAGAAGAAAGUCUAAUUGGUUUUAAUAAAGACAGUCCAACUACUGCAGAUUCCCAGUCGAAAAUAUGGUUAGAAGAUGAGUAUAUUAAAAGAUACAUUGGUGAAUUGACACCAUUGCAAGAAUCAAAAUUAGUGCAAUUCAAGAAACAAUUGUCUCAACUACAAAAGUCUAAGUUACCGAGUGAUACUACAUUAUUGCGGUUUUUGAGAGCUACUGAUUUCAAUAUUGAAAAAGCUAGAGAAAAUUUAUCCCAAUCACUUAUAUGGCGAAAAAAACAUAAUAUUGACAAUAUAUUAUCAGAGCACGAGUUUCCUGAAGCUAUUAAAAAAUAUUUUCCCUGUGGUUGGCACCGCCAUGACAAAGAUGGACGUCCUUUAUACAUAUUACGUUUAGGUCAAAUGGAUGUGAAAGGUCUUCUUAAAUCAGUUGGUGAAGAUUGUCUUCUUAAACAAGCUAUGCAUGUAUGUGAAGAAGGUUUAAAACUAACAAAAGAAGCAACACAUACAUCUGGCAAACCAAUAACAACUUGGUGUUUAUUAGUUGAUUUAGAAGGGCUAAAUAUGAGACAUUUGUGGAGACCUGGUGUGGGUGCAUUGCUCAGAAUUAUUGAAAUUGUAGAAUCUAAUUAUCCAGAGACACUUGGGCAAGUACUUAUAAUUCGUGCACCUAGAGUAUUUCCAGUUUUGUGGACCUUAGUGAGCACAUUUAUCAAUGAGACAACACGUCAAAAGUUCCUAUUUUAUGGUGGCAAUGAUUAUCAAUCAUCAGGUGGUCUCAAUGAAUUUCUUACGGAAGAUGAUGUGCCUGAUUUCCUUGGAGGUCCCUGUAAAGUUAAAAUUCCUGAAGGUGGUUUUGUGCCCAAAAAUUUGUACCUAAAAGAAGGAGAGUUAGAAAAAGAAGCAUGUACAAUUACUGAAGAUAGUAUAUAUCAAUCUGUUACACUAACUAAAGGACAGGCUCAUGAAGUUUUUGUUCAGUGUGAGGAAUCUAGUUCAGUAAUAACAUGGGAUUUUGAUGUUAUGAGACAAGAUAUUAAUUUUAAUGUAUUAAGAUUAUUAAUUGACGUUCAGCCAUCAACUCUUCUCAAUUGUGCCAGAGGUAAUUUAAAUGUUAUAGAAAAGGGUUGGAAAGAAGGAGAACAUUAUGAAAAAGUGGAACAGACCAUAUUAUGUCAUGAUGGUGAGAGCGUUCAAGGAUCUCAUCUUACUACUAAAAGUGGAACAUAUGUACUACAAUGGUACUGGUCGUCAGAUAGCGUAAAUAUUAGCUCAGGACAUCACACGAAAGCUAAAAUCAUGUAUUAUUAUGAAAUGUUGAAAUCUGCUGAUUAUCGGGGUUCAAUGUCAAGUUUGAUGUCAGCUAAUAGUAAAUUUUCUUCCCGUAGUAAUAGAUAG